UCUUUUUCACAGCCAAAUCUCAAGUAGAACGAAUAGUCUGCACAUAAAUCAUUCCAAUUAGCAUCUGUGCUUAAUUUAGGCUUCAAUGGGUGGUGAUGAAGUGACGAAAGUGAGCAUAGACAUCCAAAAUACUGACCACAAUAAACAUCCGGAUGUGAAUGUUCCAGCAUUGAAUACCUUUUUAGUGAAUCUCCCUGGGAAACUUCAAAAGUAUGUAAAGUUACCUUUCAAGAAGUCUACAAAAGAAGAUGACGGGACAAACUCAGCAUUCCCCUUAGCGAGGGAUAAAGAGUCAUCUGCUAUCUGGGAGGUCAACCUAGAGAAGCAACUUCAGACUUGGAGAGAGAAUCCUGUUUGGGAUGAUCAAUCCCCAGAUAUAAAAGUCAGUGUACCAAAAGGCUCUUUUUGCAACCUGAAUGUGAAAGUCAAUGUUGGAUUGCCCCCAGAUGCAGUAUACAACAUCGUCACAGAUCCUGAUAAUAGGAGGGUCUUCAAAAAUAUCAAGGAAGUACUAUCCAGGAGGGUCUUGGUUGAUGAAGGCUCAAGGCAGGUGGUCGAAUUGGAACAAGCAGCACUAUGGAAGUUUCUUUGGUGGUCAGGGACCAUCUCAGUUCAUGUUUUGGUAGAUCAGAACAGAGAAGAUUACUCGAUGAAAUUCAAGCAAGUGAAAACUGGAUUUAUGAAAAGAUUUGAAGGUUGUUGGCGAGUGGAACCUUUAUUUGUUGAUGAAAAAUCAUGUCUCCCCUGCAAACCUAAAACUUUGGGGGACUACGUUUCGUGCACCAAAGGCAAAGGAAGAAUUGGGUCAAAGGUGAGCUUGGAGCAACUCCUCCAACCCUCUCUUGUGCCUCCCCCACCCAUUUCCUGGUAUCUCCGGGGAAUCACCACAAGGACCACUGAGAUGCUGAUAUAUGAUUUGCUUGCUGAAGCUGCCAGAAUUAGGGGAGUUUAUAGCACUGAAAACUCAAAAGGAGAGCUUGGAGUAUCUGAGGGAUUAUCGGAUGAAUGCCAAGUAAAUAAGUUGUGUGACAUUAAAGAAAGAUGGGCCUUGCGAAGAAGAAAUGCAAAGCAAUGUCAUAAAAAGGUUGCAUUCGUGAAAUCAGUCACUUGUUAAUUUGUGCAUGCUCCAAAGGUCUUCAUACGUACAUUGGGUUUAUAGGUGAUAGUUAUGCUGUCAAGUUAUAUAAGAUGUUUUUUCCUUAAUUGAGGAGGGUUUCAAGGCCUGUUUUCUCUCAUUUUGUCUAUGAGAUGCAUUGAUUUGCUUCAGUGAAGAGUUUAGCUGAGAAGGUUUCACUUGAAUGGAGGGGACUUGGUUUUUCCUAUUGAUGGUCGCUCUCUCUCUCUCUCUCAGGAUGGUUUUUGUUUUGGGUUAAUCAUUUCUGGUUAUAUGGGUCAUGCACUCUGAAAUCUUGCAAGGCAAUGGACUCGUUCUCUUUAUCUUGUCAAGGUAUAAAGACAUUGAAUGGAUUGAUACUGAUCUUUAGUUAUUUUCUA